UAGUGAGGCAACAGUUCUCUUCUUGUAAACCCCCUCCGCAUCUCUUUCCACAGGCGCAGCUCUUUCUGCGCAACAAAAAGAAAAGGAAGCUGCACCCAGGUGUAGGGUGGCGUUAGAAAUAACUGUUCAGCUGGAUCUGUUUGAUAUUUAGUUUGCUUGUGAGAGUGUUGGACACUUAAACAUGAUGUGGUUCUUCAUCCUGAGCUUAACUGCGUGGAUGGGAAAGGCUGUGAGCAGCUCCUGUCCACAGUUAGAAAUGAGCCCUCCUAGAGUUGUGGUGAGAUUUGGAGACUCUUUAUCAGCCAACUGCACCUCAUCAUUUAACCAGACAGAGGGAAUGGGCUGGGAGUCUCCGUAUGGAGGAGUGGACCUUACCCAGGGUGUCUCUUCUCUUCCCUUUAAAAUUAACUCUGUGUCAGACUGGGUGAUGGAACCAAUGUGUUAUGUGAAUCUCCCUGGUGAUAACCAGUGUACAAAAAUAUUACCAGUCACUGUUUACAAAAUGCCAGACAGUGUGUCUUUGAAGAAUUUAAAUAGCAUGGUGGAAGGCCAACAGUAUGCCAUACAGUGUGACAUUGUUAAUGUGGCACCAGCAAGAAAUCUCUCUGUGCUUUGGCACAAAGGAAAUAAGAUCUUGCUUUCUCAGACUUUUGAUGAGUCUCGUCCAUCUCCGGUCAAUAAGUCAUCUGUCCUCAAUGUGAUUGCUCAUAGAGACGAUGAUGGAGCUCAACUCUGGUGUGAAGCAAAGCUAAACUUGUGGCCAGAAGCACAAGGUCCUCCCACGAUGCCUUCAAAGUCAUAUAAUGUGACUGUACUCUACCCACCGACCUUCACCAAUCCCGCAAAUGAGACUCUGGAACUUUCAGCUGGUCAAAUGAUGACUUUAAAUUGCACAGCUACAGGAAACCGUGUGCCAUCGUACCGCUGGCAAUUCCCACAAGCAGCUCAAGAGGCGUACAAGAGUCAAGAUGAGAAUCAACCCAUUCUGACCCGACCAUUUGAGCAUCCGGGGGUCUAUGUCUGCACAGCCUCAAACAGCCAGGGAACUGUGACCAAAUAUUUCACUGUCAGCAAGCCUUCAGGUUCCAACACUGGGGCCAUUGUUGGGAUUGUAAUUGCUGUGAUCUCCAUUCUCUGUAUUUUGGGAGUGAUUUAUUGGAAACGACCUUGCAAAGGAUAAGCGGAAGAAAAUGGAUGGAUGGAUAACAGAAGAGUUGAAAGAGAGAAUGCAAAAACAACAACAAAAAACAGAUUUUCUCUUCAUUACUACAUUCGUAUCCGAAAAAGCUACAGUAACGAGUACUCGUGAUGCUGAAAUGGAAUGCUGAUUAUUGUUACACUUGAUAGGGUGACUACUAAUAAUGUGACCUGCUGUUUUUAAAUAUUAUACUCUUUGUUAUAAGCAGAAUAUCUGCUUAUAACGAACUUAUAACUGUGAUUACUCAAAAAUGUUGCAUAAAUGUUUUUAAAGCUAACUUUAAUGUCUUACGGUCAUGGAGAUACACUGCAUAGCACUGUUUAAAUAAAUCUGGAAAAAGAUUAGCACAUCCCCCGCUGAGUAUUCAACCACUUGCAGAUCGAGUUUCGAGGUAUGAAAGCAAGAAUAACUUUUUUCAACAUUACCAUCUUGCCAUAUUUGUGACAUGUUGCCUUUUGUCAUUUUAUAUUCUUUAUGUAACCUGACCUGUUGGCCCACAGAGCUCUGCUGGCAAAUGUUUUAGUAACUGGACAAUAUGUGAUAUAUUGCAACAGAAAGUAAUUUGACUGAGAGUCAACCAUCAUUGAGCUAAUCAAGUUUUUUUUUUUUUUUUACAUGUAAAAAAACUUGUCAAACAUUGAAAACCUGUCUGCAACAUUCUGUAGACCUUUGCCUAAUGAUUACUCUGAAUACUACCAAGUUUCAGAAGAACUGGCCAGCAAAAAAAAGGGAGUAGUGAAUGAAGUUAAACGAUCUACAGUAUUUCUUUAAAAUAUGAAAAAUUCCUAAAACCUAAGUAAGUGAAAAAUCAGAAAUUAAUCUGUGGCAUUUUGUAUAGAUUUGCCUAAUGAAUUGUGGCAAGUUUCAAAAGACUCAGUAAAUAAAUAAGAGAAGUGGUCACUGAA